AUGUCGGUGCUUCAAGCGACGAAACUGAGAACACCACAGCUCUCGCCAAAACCCAUGGUUUCUCAGACUGAUGCUGUCCCGGAGGAGUGUGCUCAGCUCAGCGAAGCCACAUGCUCUCAGGAUUCACUUUCCAAAAUUACAUUGACUCUCGCCUCUCUAAGGGAGUAUGACCGCCGAGUUCAUAAGGAAACGGAUCUGCCAAAACUAUACAGCUUGACAUCCAAUGCCGGAGAUCCUACAGGACAAGCUCGACAACGUCUCAAGAGAUUCGCUCGCCGUGGUGGCCCUGAUUUAUCACACCUGAUAGGAAGACUUGAAAAGCUUGCCGACCGCAUGCCCCGGCUCGACGAUAAAUCAACAAGCGCUGCUGAGAGAUUUGUUGAAAUGGUGAAUCUUGAAAGCAAACUAGUCAGAAACGGCCUCUAUCCCCCAGGACACAAGUUGCCCGAUGACAGUCAUCAGCCUAAGCCGCUUAAUUUUCUCGAUAUCCGAACCAGUCUUGCUUCGCGGCGACUAUCUGUGGGAACAUCUCAGUUUGACGAGGAAGAACUCGAAGAUUUUCGGGCAGAACUGGAACAAGCCGGCACAGAAGCAACGACGAUGCACAAGAUCAUCCCGAUCGUCACUGGGAAGGAAGGCAAACAACACCGGACAGAGUUGAACAAUCGCUUCAACAACCUUGAACCCUUGGGCAAAGAUAUGUCUGCUCCCCAGCCUGAUCUGUAUUAUGGAGCGAACCCAUACACAAUUGACCAGCGCGUCCGGGAUGAACUCGAUCAGCACAUCAUUCCCUGCACCACAGGGUCUCGUCCUGCUGCGCCUAACUUUUUCUUGGAGCUCAAAGGCUCGGAUGGAAGUGGUCGGGAGGCCCAACUUCAGGCCCUUCAUGAUGCAGCGCAUGGGGCGCGAGCUAUGCACAAGCUACAGAACUACGGAGAGGUGAAGCCCACAUACGACAACAAAGCCUACAGCCUUGCCACCACAUUCCGUCCCACAGGUGGCAUGUUGAGCGUCUUUGCUGUGCACCCCACGCCGCCCACCAUCCCUCAAGGCCAACCUUCUUACCAUAUGACUCUCGUGAACGUAUAUGCGAUGAGCGGGAACGAGAGAAAUUUUCGAGAAGGGGUGACUGCCUACCGAAACGCUCGCGACCUGGCAAAGACCUAUCGAGACGAAUUCAUCGAGCAAGCAAACAAGGCGGCUGCCGUGAUCCCUGGGCCGGAGCCUACCGCAACAACCUCCAAACGUGAUGCUCAACAACUCGACAAGCCAUCGAAUGGUGUUAGCAAAGACGACCAAGAUCACGAGGAGCCGCGACCUGCGAAGCGUCCUAGAGCCAGCCCAGCGCCGAAAAAAGGCGUUCAGAAGUCGACCGGACAGGGGGUGCAGCGACCACAACGACGGUCUACACGUCAACGUCAAGUGGGCCAGCGGAAAGGUUGA